AUGGAAGAAGAAGAGCCUUUGAAAAUCGCUCGAAUCAAAGAAAUACAAGAAAAAAGCCGAAUGAUAUUUCGAGGAUGGCAGAUGAGCAGCAGGCCUUAUUUGUUGGACCGAUUAUUUCUUUUACUCAGUCUGCUGUUUGUUGUUAAUGCGGAGUUGAGCAGCGAUGUAAGUGCCAGAGAAGUUUACAUGCCCAUUUUCAACAACGUUCUAUCGUUCAAGCUGCCGCCCAUCAAGCGCUCGUCACUAAGGGAAGCCGCCCCGUACGAAGACUUUGCGUACAGCUCCAGCAUGAGCGCAUCCGAGGGGGAGUUCUGUAUGGUGUUCGAUGCGGCCAUGGACCACAUGUCCGAAGAAGUUGUGUUUGAAAUCCACGUGAUGGAUGUGUUGCAAGAGGAAACCGAUUCGAACAGGUUCGGCGGGACCAGCCACGACCGCGGGAAGCAAUCGCUGGACUUUGGCAUCUUUAACAACAGGAACGGUGACUUAUUGAGAAGCAAGAAAAACCUGGCAAGUGGGAUGUCGGUCAUCGAGGUCAACCCUGAAAACAGCGAUGAGUUCUUGGUGUGUUUCAUAAAUCUGGUUUACGACGGAUCAUGGAGCGCGAUAGACACCGAAAAAUCAGUGACGAUAAGGAUGACCCAUAACGAUGAACUCAAUCCAGACAUGCUGUCGCAUUUGGCCAAGCAAAUGACUCCGCAAGUUGCACAAGCAUUGAAAAAUGUCUCCGACGGUAUAUUCACAAUGGUAGGCGACACCGAGCUCUUGCAAAUGGAAAGCGAUAGGCGAAACCUGAACGAAGCCACUUACAGUUAUAUGAUCGUGGGGUUCGUGUCGCUUAUCGUGGCAGAGUUGGUUUCGAAUGUUAUGGUGUUAAGCUACUUGAUCAUCAAGAUGAGAAGCAAACUCCCAUCUCAUAUCGAAAAAAAGGGUAUGUGA